GUUGCUUUUGCAUAUUAUUACAGAGUACUAUUCAAACAGUUAUUAUCUUAUUAUUUAUCGUGAUAUAUAAGAGGCAUCACCAUCAAAGUAUAACUGUUUAUCUAUCUGUCCACUUUCGUACUUGACAGUACAUCAUGGAUCUCGUCACUAAAUGGGGCCACCUCAGUAAGGAACAUAAAGAAAGGAACCGGAGAAAGUCUACCUCCUCCACCGAAGAAAAUAAGGGCGGCGAAGACCAUAAUGAUCAACGGGCGUUCAACUGGCUUCUGGGCAACUUCGGUCGCUCUCACAAUGAUCAUCCUGAUCGGAGAUCGAGUGGUGCGGGGAACAUGGCAACGGAUAUAGAUGAAUGGAGACGGAACCAGUAAGAAUUUGAAGAAGUCGCAGGAAGAGGCCCCUGAUUUGCGGCCUCAGGAAGGAAUCUCUGACAUGAAGUCCCAGGAAGGGGUCUCUGAUUUGCGGCAUCAGUGAGCACAGGUUGCAGUCUUUUUAUGGCGAUAUGAAUUUCUUUGUUCUUUGGGGGCUUUUCUGAUAUCUGGGGUAACUGGUUUUCAUUGUAUUAUACAUUUAUGAUAUUAGGAUGAUCGACGCUGUAGAUAAUGAUGGUUAUUUAACCUUAUAUUUUUAUUGGG